AAAUUCCUUUAACCUAAACUGUCUCCAACCAGUGGAUUUUGAAGAAGCCAGUCAAUUUUCCUUUCUUCUUAAUCAUGUUGAAAUUUUUACUUCAAUUUGUGGUGCAACUCUGCUUAUGAAGCAGUCAGUGGGAACUUUUUUUUUUAAAGAGUUUCAGGUCAGGUUAUUGUGAGAAUAGACCAAUAGAAAUUGGAGGGACCAGCUGUGACUUCACUGUGGCUGUAGUAUGUGGCUGGGAUUUCUUAGGUCAGGUCAUUGUGGAACAGAAAGUUAGGAAUCAGCUUAGAUGUGACAUUAGGUUAUGACCUCAUAACAAGCACACACACACAAACAGCCUCCCCCUCUCCCAUCACCUUGCUGGUUGACAGACCUCACUGGGCAAUUAACAGGCACACAGGCAUGAAAAAACAUCUGACCCCUAGCCUGGGCACAUCCAGGCUGCCUGGCACUGCUAAUCUGCACACUGGUUUGAGGAUUUGCAUUUUCGUGAGGUGCAAAGAUUAAAAAGAUGAGAGGUAGAAGGACUUGUAUAAAUUGUAUAUUUUUUCAUGCUAAAGCAUUGAGGUGAAUCAUAACAUCAAUGUGAUUUUUGCAGAGGAGAUGGUUGUGAGUCCAGCCCGACUGAGUAAGAAUGGUAGCGGAAACGACCAUGUAGCUGAUCAUCCCCUCAACCCCAACCCAGAUUCUCAGUGCUCUUUUUUUAAGGAUAAUGAAGUCUUAACACAGAUAGACAAGGAUGUCAGACGGUUGUGUCCAGAUAUCAUGUUCUUUCAGCGUGGAACUGAAUUUCCUUGUAAGUUGAUAGUGGAUGACCCUGAGGUGGAGAGACUGCACCGACGUGUCACUCAUUCCUCUUUAUCUGCAUCCUCUGUCACAAGAAAAGGUCUAGGUAUUACUAAGAUGGAGUCUUCAAAUCGUAGGACAACCACAACAGAAGAUUACCAUCCUCUCCCACCAGGCUCUGAGGCCCACUGGGAGGUGGUAGAGAGAAUCCUCUUCAUUUAUGCCAAGCUUAACCCUGGACAGUCUUAUGUACAAGGAAUGAAUGAGAUUAUUGGCCCUAUUUACUACACUUUGGCUAAUGAUCCAAAUGUGGCUUUCAGAGAAAAUGCGGAGGCUGAUUGUUUUUGGUGCUUCAUCUCGUUGAUGGGUGAGAUACGAGACUUCUUCAUCCGUACCCUUGAUGAAAGUGAGAGUGGAAUUGGUGCCAUGAUGGAACGACUAAUGUCCAACCUUAGACAGCAUGACCAUCAGCUAUGGAACCGUCUCAGAGUCCAAGAACUACGUCCGCAGUUCUUCAGCUUUCGAUGGCUGACACUUCUACUGUCUCAGGAGUUUGACCUGCCAGACGUUAUUCGUGUUUGGGACUCACUUUUUGCUGAUGCCAACCGCUUUAGUUAUUUGAUUCAAGUCUGCACGGCAAUGAUGGUGUUACAGAGGGACACCAUGAUACAGAAUGACUUUGCUUCCAACAUGAAAAUCCUUCAGAAUUACCCACCUGUGGAUGUACAAGUGCUGCUAAGCAAAGCCACUGAACUAGUGGAGAUUUCUGGAGAGAAUACUUGUGAUACCACUAACAUGGAACAAUCAAGUUGACCCCUGGAACAAUGUGAUGGAGACCAGUAGUACUGUACUGUUGUUUGGGCUGGAGGUGGGAGUUUGUUACAAUCUUUUUAUACUUGUGUAAAAUACUAUUUUGUAGUUAAACUGCACACUGCUAGGUUAUGCAGCUGCCCAUGUUGUGGCUCUGAAUAUACCUGUAAUGGCUUAAGUGAGGAGAUGGGAAAGCAGGUGAACAUAUACAAGUAUUAGUAUUGGUUCAGCUGGGUUUAUAUGGUUUAUAUUAACCUCUUCUAUGCAUGAUUCAUAUGCAGAAAAAUUUUCCAGCUGACAAAGUCGUGGCACAUAGUUAUUUUUUCUUGCAGUAUGUUUACUGCCAUAUGAUGGAUUAAUUUGCAUUAAUUACUUUGCUUUUAUCAAUAAAUGUGACAUAUAUGAUUCAAUUACAUUGAUUCAACUACAUUUUUCAGAAAAAAGAAUAUUAACACAAUUUUUUUUAAUGCAUAUUUCGGUUUGGUAUACAGUAAUCCCCAGCUAAUGUAUUCCUGUAUUCAUUAAAAUACAAUUUUGGUGAUAUGGAGUAAAAAGUUCAACCAAUAUAUGUGUGUGUGUUACAUGGUUCACAAUUGCCAGGCAAAUUUAAGCAUGCUGCUUCUGGUAAUACUGUUGUUGACUCUUGGGAUUGACUGUAGGCUGCGAAUGGACUACCCAUAGAUAUGUUGGUGCAAUUUGUUUUGUACCAUAUUACCAAGGUUUGAUACAGGUAGUAACUGUAUCAUAUUGACUUUCAUCUGAAAGUGAUACAGUACAGUAUAACUAUGUCUGCUCUUGGGGGGGAAGAAAGAGCCCUCCAUCAGUGCUGUAUCACACUCAUCUUUUCCCCUAGUUUCCAUUCCCUUCUCAUGACCUUGAGUGAGACUGCCUCCUUAACAACAAUAGUGAUAUAGCACUCACCCAAGAUUAUGGCCUCGGGAUCUUAACACGUAAACGGUAAUUCAUUAUUUCAUGAUUAUUUUUUUUAAUUGCAUUAUAUUAAUUAUUUUGGUCCAGGUAUGUGUACAUGCAGUAUCCUAUGAAAAUUUGUAUGUUAGGUUAUUUUCCUUGUUUGGCAAUAUCAAGGAAUGUGACCUUUUUUUCCCAUUUAUUAUUUAGAUAGUGGCUUUUCCAGGAAAUUACCUGCAUAUUAGUUGGGGAUCACUGUAAGAGUGUUGUGAUAUAUAUAUUUUUUUUUAAUAAAAUAUUCUCACAUGUGAUUGUAACUGUAGAUAAGGAACAAUGAAUUUAGAGUAAAUGUGUUACAUGAUAUGAUUGUCAAGUUUUAUACUCUAUAUUAGGGCUACCCUACCUUUACAGUCAUGAGGGUCAGGGUUCAUCCAAAUAGAGUAUGGCACAACUUUUGGUAAGGAUUUUUAAUAAUGUUUUUACAUAUCAAAAAAGUUGAACUUGUGUGACUGUAACCAACAGUGAUAAUGAUUCAGGUAUUAUAGUAACAAUAAUAACUUCUUUUGUUUGUGGUUUAUUUAAUUAUUGUGUGAGAAAGACACAGUUUCAAAAUUAUGAUACGGUAAUAUAUCCGUUAGUCAGAAUUUCUCUUAGCUGGAACUCUCCGAUAGCCGGAAUUGAAAUUUGCUACUUAUUUUUCGUAAAAUUCCGGGUUUGGGAACGAUUUUCCAAGGGGCGCAUUUUCUGGAAAAUUCUGAGAAAAUUUUUCUGGUACCCGGAAAAAUUCCGGGGAGGGGUGAUUUUUUUUCUCCAGAUUUGAGAGAUGAAAUAAUGCACAAUUUCCGGAAAAUUCUUUGAAACUUUUCCCGGUACCUGGAAAAAUUCCAGGGAUGGGGUAUUUUUCCAGGUUUGAGAGAGUUGUCCUAUUACCCGGAAAUCUCUCAUUCCCGGAAGUGCUCUGCACCAAUUGUUCCUUGUUUUGGCUGACGAAGAUAUCACUUUACAUUAUCCUCUCAGUGGCUGCCGUGCAAAUGCUUCCUUUGGAUGCUUUUAGGUAGAUACAGUAACAUCCCAUUAAUUCUUCAUACAGUAACCGAUGAAUGACUUCAGUAGAUAAUGAACUUAACUGAAUAAUGAAACUUGGCUAUUUAUGAGUUUCUAAACCUUUCUGUAAAAAUGCUGUAUUAUGAACUUAAUGUUUUUUCAAGUUUGAAAACUAAAUGAUCAUAACAAUAUACAGCAUGUUAGUUUUCAUGCAUAUUACACCUUGUAAAUUAGAAAGCUCAAAACAGUGUUGAAAAUAAAUGAUCAAUUCAAAAUAUACCAGUUCAUAAUCAAUGAGACUUGACAUCUGGUUAUCAGGUUAAGAAAAAGCCAUUGUUUUUCUGGGUCAGAUUACCACAACUAUGGCAACCAAAUCAUUACCACAUUAUGAGAUGCGCUACUCAGAUUUAUGGAAUGCUAUUGUAGUGUGAUAAUAUUCUACCUACUGUAUUAAACAUUUCAGACAUUAUGUUAUGAUACAAUUUAAUGGUAUUUUGCAAGCAUUUGCAUAUUGUACUACAGUAUAUCAUCCUUAGGUCUUCUUGUGGAUUCUUUAUGUAAUAAUGUCUCUAGCAAUACUAAUGUACAGUAGUGUUCUCUUUUUCUAUAUUAAUUUGUUAUUUCUGUCUUUGUGGUUAAAUAACUGCCUUGAGGGGCUCAUCAGGUGAAAAUUCUUGUAUACAUUAAAAACAUAAAGCAGAGAACUUAUAAAAAUAAAUUUUUGCCACAGUUGAUAUCUAGGGUAAAGGUUAAUGCAUGAAAAGGGUUAGAUUUUUUCCAUUACAGUACUGUAUUUAAAGGAAAAUCUCACUUUAAUGAGAAAAGACUAAUAAGGUUUGCUAGCAUAAUAAUUGUGAUAUGUUUUAUUUAUGAUUCAAUACAUGUACCAGUAUUGAUAAAAGAAUACAGUAUAUACAAAUUAAUUUACAGUAUAAGUAGUUAGUCUUGAAAGGAAAGCAGAUAAAUCACCAAAAAGUUUGAACAAUGAAGUGACUACUUAUGUAAGAAUGCAUUUUUUACUUAAAUGCUCAACUUGUAAUGUAUAGCAGCAUUUAGAGAGUUUCUGGAAAUUGCUUGCACAAAUAUUUCUGUAUAUGAGAUGUUUAUGUUGUUUGUGUGCAAGGUUGAGGGGAUUCUUGCAUGGUUGUAACAUGCAUUGUAAAAUGCUAAAAGUGUUGGCUUCUUUUUACAUUAUGUUAAGCCUAUUUACAAAUAGGUUUUCAGUUGUUACAUCAUUGGAAAGUAAUUUCAAGGAAGAAACUUGGGUAUUUAAGUUAUAAUUUAGCUUCAGAUUAAACACUGUGAAUUUUACAAAAGGCUGAAGAUUUCUUAGAAUUUGUGAACAUUUGUUAGUCAACCAACCAAGAAUUUAUGAUGUUAAUACUGGCUAAUUAAAACUAGUGUUGGCAUUAGAAAUUUUUUGAAGUUUAUAAUUUAAAUCAAGAUAACUGACUGAAGGACCAAAGUUGAAUUUUAAGUUAAUUGAUUUAUAUAUUGAUCAUCAGUAACUUAUCCUUUCAUGGUUAUGAAUAUUUUCAGCAUUUUGACACAUUUGUUAAGAAUUUAUUUUGUAAAUUUCUUGCAGAUUAUAUAGGGCUGUGAUAAUCAAUAUAUGAUAGCAUAUCACCUGGAUUGAAAUGUUCUCAAAACAUGAAAUUCUACUUAGAAAAAGAAAAAAAACAAUCAAAGCAUUUUGCAAUAAAAUGCAUUCAGUUAGAAAAAUUAGAUAAGGACUUAAAUGCUAAACAUAUUUAUCCUCUUGUGUUUUGAGGUACCAUGGAUAUGUCUUCUAUAUCAAUACUUCUUCAUAUUUGUUCUCUACUUUCUACUUCCUUAAUUUUUUGUGUGGCCUUCUUCAAAGUCUAUAUUUCUGAGUCCUCUAAUUUGACUUUUUAGUCACGGAUUUUUACUUCGCGGUUCUCGGUAAUUCGGGGAUGACACCCUGGAUGUACCCAUAAAUGUCUGAGGGUAGUUUUAAAGUUGCCGGCAUUUUCAUGGCUGGGACAGGGAGCCAUUCGUUCUAGAGACAGUAAUUUCCUUUACCUGAAUUGU